GGAGGUCUGAUGUGGUGACAGCUGCGUGUCUGUUUGUAAUGGAUAAGUGUUUCCGUGUUGCGUAAUUAGCACGAGAUUAACGAACACUCAGAUGGCAAACAAAGGGCUGAUUUGGUUUGACUUCUGUCUUUCUGCUGCCUCGGAUGUUUUUGUUAGGAAUAUUGCAUAAGUACAAGCAUCAAACCCCCUAUUAAUGAUAAGUUAAAGUGGGCUUAGAACCCACCCAUUCAUGCAUAGUCACAUACAGACAUUUCCUAUUUACCUGUCUUCCAAAACCGUAAAGAAGGCACUUCCAAAAAUACAUUCAUACAAACAUGGGAAUCCUUCUGAAAUCUGGUCCACUUAAAAAAACUAAGGGUUUUUCAAUAUGAGAUCAGUAUGGCCAAUAAUUCACAUGGAUAGACAAAAAUCAGGGUCCAAGUAGGCUGAUAGAAAGUUGUCAGUAUCCUUUGGGUCCAAAUCCAAAUUUCAGUUGACAUCACGCGGUAUACUCGAACGGAACCCACUAUAUCAAAUACGUUUUAAUAUAUUUUUAGAUUUUUUUCACGAUGAAGCAAUUUGCACUGACGACCUGCAUCCGCCGUAUCUGGAUCAUGUCCGGUUGGUUGCGCCAGGAGGCGGCCAUUGCAGCUGGCAUGUUGGUGGUGCAGCGUCAUCAGGUGGAGUUGAGGGAGGAGAAGGAACUCAAGGUCGAGCAGCAGGUGGCAGCCAGUGGUGGCGAGGUUGGCGUCGAUUCCCAAGGCAGACUCCGCCGUGUGCGCAUGCUCGACGAUUACAUUCUGCCCUUUGAGUGCGGCUUAUGAUUCUUGAUCCGUACCUCCCGCUCUUCUAUCUCGUUCCCCACUUAUCUGGGGUCUUGAGUUAUUUUCGCAUUUUGGAGUACUUUGCUGUCCGCGCUUUGGGAGUUCAAAACUGUAACGUGGUGGGCCCUUCUGCAGAAGCCACAUAUCCAAAUUUUGGUCUGACCCACGUAAUCGUCACUUAAUCAUCAAUGGAGUCUCGUCCUCGCUUGGACGGACAACGGAAUGAAUAUUUCAAUCAAAAAAAAUAGUUGCACACACCAAAAUUGUAGACGAAUAUGUCUGACUUUGUUUAUGUAAAAUUUUAUUUUUGAAAAAUAGUUGGAGUUCAUCACUACAUAUUUGCGAAUUUAAAAUUAAACAAUACUGGUGUCAAAAUCACAAAGUCUAAAAA